AUGAUGGAAUCAGACACCGCCGAAGUUUCAGAGAAGCUCAUCUUUGAUACCAAAGGCGAUGUCCUUCUCGUAUUUGCGCGGCACCCUGAGGAUACAGGGGAGGGCGUAGGCUCACCAAAUGGGCCAGCGUCAUUGAAGAGAAAAACUCCCGAUGAUACUUCCAGCACCAUCGCUAUGCUUCUUUCUUUAGAACAUUUAACACUUGCAUCGCCUGUCUUCGAAGCAAUGGUUGGCGAUGAUAGAUUUAAGGAAGGGGCCGAGUUACUUGCGUGUGGAAAAGUUGAAAUUAAGCUGCCUGGUGACGAUCCUGAGGCCUUCGCAAUCGUAGCCAAUGUCAUUCACCACCGCAAUAAAAUGGUUCCCGAAAAUAUCAGCUUUCAGUUCUUCGUAAAAGUGGCGAUCCUUACAGAGAAAUAUCAAUUAUUUGGUGCAAUGCGGUGGGUUUCCAAAGAAUGGUUCGAUAAUCUGUCUUGCUCCAUUCACAAUAAAUUUAGUAAUAUAUAUCCGCUCAUCUUCACGUCGUUGGUCUUUGGCAACGCCCACGUGUUUGAGAGGCACACGCGGAGGGCAAUCUUACACUCUAAAGGCAAUUUUGGUGCUAAUAUGAAGGAUGACUAUUACUCUCGCCCCUCAAUCAUUGAUGCAAUCAAGGCAGCCCGUACGCAAGCUUUGUCUGAUAUAUUUGAUGCGCUCAACAGUUUUACCAAGCGAGGAAUUGAGCCUCUGCCAUCUUGCAACGACCCACACGAUACAUGCGGGAUCGUGACUACUGGCUCUUUUCUAAAAAGUGUUGGUAUCAAUAUAGGCUGGCCAUUUUCUCCUGCGCCAUAUACCGGGACGAAUAUCUUCAAUCUUCAUAAAUGCAUCUCCAAACUCAAAAUCCGAACCUGGUGUGCAGAUUUAAAAGAAUUCAGUACACGGAGCGGACCUUUCGUACUGGAUAAAGGGUGUGCAAAUCAACAGAUGUUCACAGAGAUGAUCGAGGUACAGAUCAAGGAGCUCGAAAGGAAGAUUGUUGGUUUGAAUAUCGAAGAGUUCCAGCACAUAACAUAGCGAAAGGACAUUUGAUAUUCUGUGACUACCUCUUGAUAUCAAUGGACUAUGGCAACAAGACGGCGAGAAUAGCACUUGGAUGGUGGGGAUCGAUACUAUUUGGAUUUCUUCUACCCGAUUUGACGAAAUUCGCAUUGUCGUAUACGCACAGCCCAUCAAAUGGGAACGGCUCGAGAGAAACAUGCAGCAUUGGUUUACGUCAAAAUUCAUAAUAUACGAGGCCAGGAGAGUCGAAUGCGUCACAUAUCUUUGUAACAACUUGACAAAUACAGCCUUGAGAAUCAUCACUUCUACCUCACCAAUUUUCAAAUUUCUACCAUGGAACGACAUCGCCAGUAACACUCGUUACAGGUUACUCACCUGGAAACCAUUUCAAGCAUAGCACAUUUUUAUCAAAACUCUUUACUUCUUUCUAUACUCUUCAUCUCAUACGCCAGGUCAGAAAACGCAGCAUGUCUCUUAACACAAGAAGAAUAAUCUGAAUCAGAUUCGUCUCAUAUGAACUUAAUUCUAAACACUUUCAAUAUUCUUACAUACUUUAUUAUAUGCACCUGACUGUUUCGUUCUGGUUGCUUCGCAUUGCUUCACUUCAUCAGUUACCAAGUAUGCGAAAGUAAUACAAUAUCUCAACUUCAUUUUUCUCUCCUCCUGUGUCUUGAGGACCUGAACCUCGCUACACUCGCCCAUCUAUCAUCAUCUUAACCCAUUUAU